AUUCUAGAAAAAUAAAUGAAAAUAUUAUUGUGUGAUGUAUGAACCCUUCAGGUAUACAAACUAAAACCCUAGGCUCCCUUCCGGCAAGUGCGGAGCAAAGUCGGUCCCGUUAAAACCACCAUCUUCAUCAUCAUCAUAUUUCGCCACCGAUGGAUAUCGAUUUCGGCGACCUCGAUGCUCCAUCCAAGGCUCCGGCUCCGAAAGCGGGGAAGUUCGCCCCUAAAAACUCCAAGUUUAAACCCGUCGCUAAACCCAAAACCGAACCCGAGCCAUCCGAAAUCAAACCCAUAACCGUUCCUAAAGUGGAGCUUGAUGAUGACACGCCCAUGCCGCCCUCAAAGCCUGAAAUUGAUCCACCUGUUCAUAGUGAAACUAACGGUAACGAAACCAAUGGUAGUGUGAAAAACGAUACUGAUGAUAUGGAACUAGAUGAUAAUCAAGAAGAAGAAGGAGAAGAUAAAGUUGUUCGAGAAAUUGAUGUUUUCUUUACUUCUAAUCAUGCUAAUUCUAAGCUAUAUGUUUUGCAGUAUCCUUUGAGGCCGCAUUGGCGCCCUUACGAGCUAGAUGACAGGUGUUCGGAGGUUAGAGUGAAACCGAAGACUGCUGAGAUGGAGCUUGAUAUGUCUGUUCAAGCGGAUUCGGAGAAUUUUGAUACUGAUGUUGAUCUUGACAAAGUAAUGCGGAAGCAGGUAUUGUCGACUGCGUGGAGGCCGCCGGUAGCAAAUGGUUACGCUGUAGGGAUUCUGAUUCGUAACGAGUUAUACCUCAAACCCGUUGAUGCAGUUGUGCAGCUACGGCCUUCAAUGCAACAUCUUAAGCAUCGGACCACAGCUAUGGAUGAGGAGGUUGUCAAGAAAGAAAAAUCUGUAAAGCAAGUCAAGAAACAGGGUAAGCCACCAGUAGCUGUAACUGAGCAAAACACCGAUGCUACACCUGAAGAGCAGUGGAUUCCUCUCAAGUACCAUGGAGAAACGAGUCCGUUGUCAUAUCGAUACAUGGAAAAUAUGGUUGCACGACAAGAUUGUCACAUACAAUUUUCCAUGAAUCAGUCUGAUUAUAUUGACUCCUUGUGUCCUGCAACAAGUGGCAAACCCAGACCUAAAGGGUCAUCUCUAAGCGCAUUGCUCAAACUUCCACUUGAAGAGCGUUUUAAGAGACGCCUUGUUGAGGGGCCUACAGCAAAUCGAUAUACUGCUCUUAAACACAUAGCUCCAGAUGCUAGUGAUGAAGAUAUUUUCAAAGUCCUGAAGGAGCAUGCCGUUUUGGUUCAAGGAUGGUGGGUUGCAAAACCUAAAUUGAAGUUUUCGACUGCCGGUGGAAAGGAUCUUUUACUCAGAAAUUAUGCAUUGCUUCAGUUAAGCAGAAAUCCUAUUUUUCAAGAAGGGAAGCUACCGAGACAAACCGGACUCAGCGAACUUGUGAAAGUCGUAUUGGAUGAGUAUGCUGCAAGACGAGAGUCCUUCAGGGAUUGGAAGUUUAGAGAGUGUCCCGAUGAGUCGUUUAUUAAAAAUUAUCCCGACAUUGUUAAGGAUCAGAAGGAAAAUUGGGAUCGUGUGGAGCCAGAGAUAAUGGCACGUUUAUAUCCAAAGAACCUGAAAACUAAUAUCGGUGAUAGGCGUCCUUUAGCGUCAAAUAGUACUAACGCUGUUGCACCAAAAACCGCAACUGUACCACCUUCUAAACCUGUAAUUCAAGAUGAAACUCGAGAAGUAUUACCCAAGGCCCUUCAGAAACUUUUCCACGCUUACAAGGUUUGCAGCAUCAACCAAAUACGCCAACGAUUGCGUGACAUGGCAACAGCAGUUUCUCAAGAGACACGGAAGAACCCCCGAGAAGUCAAAGAUGCAGUUGCUGCAGCAGAUGCACCUCUGGAAGAGCUUCAAAGAAUCUUAACUCAAAUUGCUGUUAACAUACAUGGAUCUUUUGUUCUAAAAUCAUCACCCGAUCAUCCUCAAUACGAUGAAUUGAGGAAAAUUGUCAUAGACCUUUUUUUAGCUGAAGGGCCUGGAGGGAAGCUCAAGAAGGCCAAAAUUUCUGCUGCUGUCAAGGAGCAGCUGAAAAGAGAUAUGACUAAUAAUGAGUAUCAAAAGGUUUUGAGUGAACUAUGCGUUUCACAAAGUACUGGAUGGGUUUUGAAGAGUGGGGACAGUCCAACAUAAAUGUCUAUGUUUCCCAUCUUGAAAGUUGGCGGGACUGCAUCCAUUUGAGCAAGUUGUCGCUGGUGCAUUGCGUUAUCUGUUACAGGAUUUAUCGGGAAAUGAGUAAAUAUGGUUUAUCAAACUUGCCACCAUAGAGCUAGUAACAACAGGUUGUUUCAUCUUUUUAGUACAUUCUGUUGGUAGAUAUUAACUCCUUUCUGUCAAGGUUACUCGUUUUAGGAAAAUAACAAAAACAAUUCUAUUGUUCAUGCUUUCUUAUACUCAGCUUGUUGCUUUUCAUUUACAUGUUUGAUAGCCCGAAUGUGUGGUUGACCGGUUGAUAGUAUUUUCUUUCGAUGGCC